AUGCCGCCCCCUGUUACUUGGAGGUCACUCGGCGCCGCAGAUACAAAAGCUGUGAAAAGCCCUUGCUCACCUCCUACGGCGAAGAACAACGCUGCUCAGACAGGCUGUUUGUGCCGCCGCCAAACCACACUCACCUUGAACCCACAACCACAGCCUCAGAACCACAGCCUCAGAACCACAGCCUCAGAACCACAGCCUCAGAACCACAGCCUCAGAACCACAGCCUCAGAACCACAGCCUCAGAACCACAGCCUCAGAACCGCAGCCUCAGAACCACAGCCUCAGAACCACAGCCUCAGAACCACAGCCUCAGAACCACAGCCUCAGAACCACAGCCUCAGAACCACAGCCUCAGAACCACAGCCUCAGAACCACAGCCUCAGAACCGCAGCCUCAGAACCACAGCCUCAAAUCCAUUACUAUUCUUCACCUUGA